AUGGAAGACACAAUCGAACGGCUCUCUGACAUCUUUUCCAAGUUCGACAACGACGAUUUACCUUCUGCUCUUACCGAAGAGGAUAUCAACACAAUCAAAAAGUCAAUUUCAGACGUCGCAAAGCCGGUUAACUAUAACGAGUUUUUUGAUUCUGUUCUUUUUGACGGCAUUUCGUCUUCAAAAGCAGAGUACUUCAAGCAAAAACAGUCUGCGUGCAACACUGCGUUACUCGAUGAGUAUUACAUCUGUACAUGCAGUCCAUCAAUCACUUUAUACUUCUGUCCCGCCUGUGAGAAGUGUCUUGAAAAGGGCACUCCUUCCAAUUCCACCCCUUCAGCAGCUCCAAAAACUCCACGAGGUGAAAACAGGCAAGAAGACGUGCCAAUGAAAACACAUCAACUGCACACUAAACCACAUCAAAAGGGUAAAACCACGUUAUAUGCAUUGUGUAAUUGCGGCAAUUGUUGUCAGUACGCAAACUGCCCACAUACUGAUAAAAUUUGCUGCUUAACUAAAAACACGUGCAGUCUCCAUUCAAACACAAAGACUGAAGAAUUCAAAAGUAUUAGUGAUAAAGUGUUAAAUAACAACUUAGAACAACUCGCAUUGUCAUUCUUCAACUUAAUGAUGGAAAACAAAGAAGCAGAGUUACUCAGACUAGUGAAGUACUUAAUCGACGUGUUUAAGUGCUCUCGACUUGCGUAUUGUUUCGACUACUUUUUGGCAUCUAAACCAUUCAAAGACUUGACUGGUGAGAAAGGUUCAGAGUUCUUGUACUCCGGAGAGAAACUUGACAGUACUCUCUGCGACUAUACAAUUCAGUACUGUGUUACUAACCCAAAUAUCGCUAAUUAUCUCUUCAUCUUAUUGGCUCAAAUGAAGAGUUCGGCGCAUUCCACAGAUAUUAAAGCGCCACGGAAUUACAUUGGCCUCUUCACAAAAGCACUCCACAAUAAGAGUCUUCCCGUCAAUCAAUCCAACGACCUUGCAAACAAGUUUGCGUUCUGUUUGUUUGGAAAUACCGUCCACUACACAACACACGAAUUGAACUCUUUGUGUGUGAUGAUGGUCUUCUCAUUAUUGAUCAGUCGCGACGCCAAACUGAAACAGAUCUGUAAGAGUGAGAGUGAAGGGACCCAACCCAAUUCGGACGAAAUCGCCGACUUAAAAAAGAAUUACACGCCCUUCUUCGCUUCGGUCACAGCAACUAAAGCCGUCUUUGUCAAUCGAUUUAAUGCAGAUGACUACCACGAGAUGUUUAAAUGCAUUGUCGAGUCCGAGAUCAUCCCAGACUCUAUCGCAAGAAACGUUUCGAGUUUUGUCAGAAAGCUUCUCAUUUCCACCAAGAAAACAGUCGACUUGUACACUAGUAUGCAAGUCAAACUCUUCGAAGUCGCUUCUAUAGUACUGGAGGCGAUUUUUAAAAAUGCACCAGACGCAAGUAUUAAGGAACUUGUUGUUCUCGUGAGUGCGUUAUUGAGCCGGUCCGAUGCCGAGAAGUCCAAUUUGAAGUUAGAUGACAUGUAUGAGGACAUAUCCAAGAAUAUUGUAGGUGACUUCCGAUACGCUCCACUAGUCGUCCGAAGUUUGAUGUUCUUAUGUCGAGUUAUAUGGAAGAAAGAGUACUUAGAGAGUGCGUCCAAACAGUCUAAAAAGGGUGUUGAGAGUGAUGCCUUUGUUUUUCAGUGUUUGAGUGUGAACAAAAACAAGUUACAGUCCAUCUUGACAUUAGCGGAGAAGUUCUUUGUGAUCAAACGGUUUGUUGAAAGUAAUUUGGUGUGGGAACUUCCCGACAACAAAAUUUUCUCUGACGACAAAUUGAAGUGUGUGAGUGACUCCUUCUUGCUCGAUUCCUUUGAUCCCGGUGUUGGCAAGAAAAUCGACUUAUUCAUGAGGGAGAUGGUCUUUAAAGAACUUUCACAGAAGGACAUUGACAAAGAGAAAGACGACGUCGCCGCCUUUGAGAGGACGUUAGAGAAGAAAAAGCCAAUGGAAGAGAUUCCCCUCCCAGAAAUUAACGCCAAACAUUUGUUCGAGUCGAGUCACUCAAAUUUAAAAGAUCCAGUGAUGGGCCUUUCUGUCACUAAUAGUAACGCAUCUCCAAAACCAAUGAAGAAAGAGAAGUCGAAAAAAGCGAUAAGCGACACAAAGCACAAGAAGCCAGAAAUAGGACGGUUGGAGAAGUUAAUAGAUAUAGCUGUUUCAGGGAAUAAACCCGACGAUCCGUUCAUCAUGAAACUCAAAAAAGAGUUGAAGAGUGACUUAAAAACACUUAAUGAAGACAAGAGUGCAGCGGCUAAAGACGACGAACUUCGCAAACAACCCAAUGUGACACAAGAAGUAAUAAAAGAGUUAAAUAUGAGAUACUACGAGCGUGAAGAAAGAAAGAAAGCUAUUGGUGAGAGAGCAAUGAUCCUUAAGAAGCAGAUCUUUACAAGAUAUAUGCAACAAAAAAGGAUCAUGAUGAUGUGGUACUUAGAACCACUAUUUGUGCUGCAAGACAACAAUUUGGAUAUCGUCUUUGUGAAUCCCGACGAGAAGUAUGUCACCGCGUAUAUCAUAUUAUAUAUUGAUAUUAGAUACGUCAAAUACAUAAUAAAAAAGGUGGUCGAUGUGAAUCGACUGAAGUUAGUUGGGAGCUUACGGAACACAACACAACUCUCGGAGUCCACUAAAGUGUCGAAGGACAAAUAUUAUGUGUACACCGACUCCGAUGGGAAUGUCUGUUUCUCGGAGAAUGGCCCACUCAUCGACCCCGUGAGGUGUUUGGAUGUGUUCUCCGACGCGAUGUUUGAUGCUCCAUUUUUCAACCCGAUGGUCCCAGACUUCUUAGGAGAGCAGUACAGAAAGAUCUGGUUGGAUUGGUAUGUGUAUUACUGUGGAAAAUUGGGUUCUGUUCCCAAUGACAAAAUUAUGUUUGGUGGCGACAUCAUCAAACUCGAAAAGAUGUUAAAUGCAGAUGUGCGAGUGUAUGGUAACAUCGACUUCAGCAAAUUGUUAUCACACAUUCAGAAGGCGAGAGUUCAAGACUCUAUAGAAAUUGACGACGACUUGACGUUCAACGUGUUCCAAGAUGAAUUCAGUUUAGUUAUUCGAUAUGCUUGGAUCUCUGCAAACCUUGGAAAGUUAGCUAAGAAGUUACUCACAAAGGACGAAGCAAAGAAUAAAGUCUCAACAGACAUCAAAUUGAAAGAGAUAUUAGACUUCGUCUUGAUGUGUUUACAGCACGACGCGUACCUCUCGGCAACAACCAAAAGUGAUAAAAUUAAAACCGACAUUAGUACUCAAAAAAGUUCUACUCUAAGUGAAUUAAACAAAGCAAUCAAACUGAUUGAAACACAUAAGAAUAAGAUCGAAGAAGCCACUUUAGAGCAGUGUAUUAGACUAAAGAACAAACUUAAAGCACUUCUCUUCUAUGAGAGUGCAUUUACAGUGUCAUUGCUCUACUCUUCCAAGAGUGGCUUUGUCAAGAAAGAUAAAUAA